AUGGCCACACCAAUGAAGACUGUUAGACGCAACCCCUCUUAUUCUUUCCUGAAUUCGAAUCUGGAUUCCCUUGGGUGUUUAGCAAAGAAGAUUACGCCGGAUGAGGCAACCAACUUCAGAAAGGAAUAUGGGUACAUUCUGAGUCUUCUCAAGAUGCCGUUCACCAAGUACGAGCAAGAAGGGGUUCAUACUUUGCUUCAAUUCUAUAAUCCUUCCCUCCGCUGCUUCACGUUCACCGACUACCUCUUGGUUCCUACAUUGGAAGAGUAUUCCCUAUUUCUUGGCAUCCAUAUAAAGAAGGAAGUGGCAUACUAUAGCACCAUGAAGGCCCCCGAUUCCAUCGAAAUUGCUAAGGCUCUUUAUUUGAGCAAGUCGGUCGUGGAAGCAAAUCUCACCAAGAAGGGAGGAGGUUUUGGUUUUUGUAUGGAGUUUCUGGUUAAAAGGGGCUGUGAGGCUGCUGAAGCAAAGGAAUGGGACACAUUUAGGGCUAUCUUGGCUCUAAGUAUAUAUGGCAUCGUGUCACAUCUGCCUGAGCGUGGCGCUUUCGUUGAUAAUAGGCACACAUCUAAGUGGGCUGAGAGGAUUAUGGGGCUGAGGGCUAAAGAUAUUGUCUGGUAUAAUAAAGCUUUAGAAGACAGGGAAAUUAUUAUGAGUUGCGGGAGGUUCAAAAACGUACCUCUCAUGGGUCUUAGGGGCGGAAUCAACUAUAACCCCGUCUUGGCCAGAAGAACAUUUGGAUAUGCUUUUAUCAGUCCGCCUGAGCAAACAGAGAUAGCUGAGAACAUCUUCUAUCAUGUGGCCACCGACAAUGGGCAGAUGGCAGAAGCUGUACAAGCCUGGAAGAGUAUUUGUUGGAGAGAUAAGAAAUAUUUUGGUCAGCGAGAUUGUGCUACUUAUGAGGAUUAUACUAAGUGGAUCGAGUCUGUGGUUGCUGUUCAAGGGAUGCCUUUCCCUCCUAAGGACCCUUUGUACCCUCCUGCUGAGAAGAAGAUAAAGGAACAUUACGAGGCUCAGUUGGCAGAUUUGACUAAAAGACUCCAGAUUCAGACUGAAAAUGCCAAUUCAGAGAAAUCUCGUCGAAAGAAAGCAGACAAACUUUUGUUGGAUCGCCAGAAUACCAUAGAGAAGUGUUAUGAAGAGAUCCGAAAGCUGAAGGGCCAGAUAAGAGAAAAAGACCAGAGUAAUGCCCAAGUUCAAGAGGAAGCUAGGAACAUGUCUAGGUUCAAUGUUGUGUUUUAUAUUAAAGGGUGUUUUGUAAAAGACUCAGACAUUAGGUAUGAGGGUGGGGAUGUACUUGGUUCAGCAACCAACACACAGAUUAUUGGUCAUUUUUUGAAGCCUGUGACUUAG